AUGUCAACUAACAAUGGACCCACCGCCUUGUCCUCGAUUGCCAAUCUCCUCCCAAAGCUUGCUCUCGAAAUCUCCGCUGCUACGAACACCCCUUUCACUCCAUAUGCUAAGAUGAAUCAUAGCGUCGCUACAGCGCAGGAGGCAUGUCAGGUUCAAACUAUCCUGACCGAUCUCUCGUCCACAAUCAAUAUUGCAAAGGGAAUUUUCUCAGAGCUAUCGCGCGCUGUUACGGUAUUAGAGGAAGCUUUGGUUGAUCACACUCGCUUGGUAUCUUCUUCGCUUCGGAUCCCCGUCGAGCUAUUGUCAACCAUCUUCAUCCUCUCCCGGACAUCCGUCUUGUCGAAUCGACGGAUAGACCGUCUACCCCUACUCUCCUCUUCUCUUACCGUCAACGCAUUACCCAGUGGCUCUCUCAAUGUCGCUCAGGUAUGCCGAAAGUGGAGAGAUGUUACGCUCAACAUUCCCAAGCUAUGGAACAUGGUUGGCAUCCGACCCACAAGCGAGCGCAUCACUUCUGAUAUGAUUCCUGCCCCUCUCAAGCCACUGACUAGGGUUAGAUUACUCCCCACAUUUGUCACCCUUGAUGUAUCAGAAACAGCCGUCAGGCGGGCAGCUGAUUUUGAUGGAUCUCAGCAGAACAUCCCGGCGUACAAUACUUGGAUGUCUCAAUUUCAACGCGUCACACAUCUUACACUCGAUAAUGUCGACCUUGAACAGCUCGCAUACCUUCUUGAAGAUAACCCGGAAGAAGACAACGCGAUUGCCAGCUACUUUGAUCACCUAACGCAUCUCCACAUAUGCACGGUGUACAACGCCGAUAUGUCGGCAUUUUUAGAGUAUCGCACAUGGGAGAACCUCACUUUUCUCACGCUGGACAUGGAAAAAUCAAAUGGCUUAGAUAAGGACUACGUGAUACCCCUCUUUCACAACUUUCCGAACUUAAUUGAACUCUUCAUCCAAACACUGCAUAAGCGCUUUGGACGCCUGGAUACAAUGGUCACUUCGCCCAAACUGCGAUCAUUCGCCCUCGUCGCCGUACCGGGUAGCGAUGAUCCGGAAGAUUCAGAAGACUUUGACUUGGAAGUUGGACCAUUCAAACUCCUAGAUAUCCUAACCCUUCCUGCGCUUGUCGACCUCGUUCUUACCGCGCCGCCUUCAGGGGAACUUGACUUUCUUCGUCGUUUUCUGAAGGAGUCUGGUUGCCACUUAUCCAGCCUCACUUUUGUCAACUAUUCGGAAGAAACGAAAACAUUUGAAGACGCCGCAGCCCUUCGACUUGCAAGUCUUGGUGUCUUCGGCCUCGGUGCAGCCGUAUACACCGAUGCCGCUGCACUUGCAGCCCUUGGUGCCGCCGCCAUUACAGCCUGCGGGGAGUUGGCCACCUUCGGUGCCGCAUCCGUCGAUUUUGUACGCGAGGGCGGCGUCCUCGAGAGGAGUGGCGAUCGCCAUGCCGCUGAAGACGGUAGCGACGAAGGCGAGGGCGAGAGCGGGAGUGAAGGCGCGCAUUUUAGUGACAAUGGGUGGAGUUUAGAUUGGUGUAGUAGAUGA